ACUUCGCUGCUCCUGCUGGCGACACUGUUUCUGUUACCUCAGGAUGCCAUUGGUUUUCUUGGCCACCUGGGCACACCUUCGGCUCAUGUUCAGCCAAGUGCCAACCAGCAUCCCCAGUGUUCCCCAUCUCCCGUGUACUGCUGCUGGUGGAAAGAAUUGUGACAAGCUUAAGAUGGAGGAUGAGGAAGGCUACACCGCAUUAAAUUUACGACUCCCAGCUUCAGAUAUUACUGACGGAUACUUGAGCAAUAAGAAAUGUCCUACAUUUAGUACUCCAGCCAACUGUGUUACAGUAGACAGAGUCUCUGCCUCAUCUGCCAUAAGGCAGCCAGCAACCUUAGCCUUCUUCGCUUUGAGCCUUGUGCUGCUCACGGGUCUAGUGGUCUUACUGUCCCUGUUUUUUCAGACAUACAAGGAUCCUGAAGAAGGAAAGAAGCUGCAGGCCAUGAGGGAAGCACUGUGUUUUGAAAGGAGGGCAAAUAAUGAAACAGAAUGUGCUCUCUGUCCAGCAAGGUGGAAAAGCAGUGAAGCUGGCAGCUGCUUCUACGUUUCAAAGCAGAAGAAAACAUGGAAAGAAAGCCAGGAGUUCUGUUCCACAAGAAACUCCACUCUUCUUGUGCUGAAAGACAAAGUGAAGAUGGUCUCUCUGCCAUAUGAUUCACAGUUUUAUUGGGUUGGAUUAUCAUACAUAUCUGAAAGGAAUGGCUGGUUCUGGGAGGAUGGAACAGCUCUUUCAACUGAAGCCAAAACUUGGACUGUAUUACGCGAGCACACCUUCUGUGCCUCCUUAUAUGGACAGAUUAUUUAUGCCAGUAACUCCUGUUCGACAAAGCAAUCCUGGAUCUGUGAGAAAGGAGCUGUCCAAUUUGCCUGAAGAAGCACUGUGAGAAGGAAUGUGGGCUGUCUGACUGUUAGAUACCAUUUCUAGGAACUGGGUGUUUUAAAUGUAGUUUUAUUUUUGUUUGUUUAUCACGCAGCUUUCUCAGAAUGUUAAUUCAAAUAGGCAGGUCAAUAGAGACUAAAACUUCCUCUUUGCCUGCACCUAGGCUCAUAAAUGAAAGAAAAAUACUACAAAGCUAAAAGCUACAAGCCUAGGAAGCAAGUUUAAAGGGUUAGCAACAGUCAAAUAAUAAUUCUUACAUGAAUCUCUAGAAGGAAAGCCACACAUUCUCACAGAGCCAUAUAUUUCUUGUGCUUCUGUUAGAAUUACUCCUUUCCUCAGCAUUCUACAGCUGCCAGUCAUAGACCACUCCAUCUACAUCCUUGAUGAUUUUACCCACUGAAUUACUGUACACACUAACUACAUAACCCUGUUAUAGACUAGUUUGCCUAGUUAUGCCCUGGUUCUUAAAUCUGUUCUUCCCUUCUUUGAAGUAUAGAAAUACAGAAUGAACACAAGGUUCUAUGUACCAAUAAAACUCUUUUUUCAUAUGCAUUAAUAUCUAUAGAAACAAAAGGACAUUUUUAGAAGAGUAAAGGAAGUCUCUGAAAGAAAUCUCUUUGAAAAUUAGAGUCAAAUAUCAUGUGCAGAUUAAAAUAUUACCUAAAUAAAACUUCAGUGCUAUAAUAAAUGUAAUUGCUAUGCAAGUAGUAGUAAGGAUAACAAUGACAUGCUUUAUUCACAGAUAAUCUUAAUGAGUACUCAAGCUGAUGCAGCAUCUGUUGCCACAAAUCUUUACUAUGUUCUUGUGUUGUAUCCACACUGUUUGGGAUCUCUGGAGCCCAAGACACAUAGUAUGUGUAAUAUACAAUUAAAGUGUCUGUCACACUUCCUGGAACAAAACAAUGCCUCUAGAUUUCUGGGUGGAGUUUCAUGGCAUGAGUUCUUUGAGGUUUGUGUGUGGAAAUAAUAGACAGAUGUUUUAUAUCACACAUGAAACAUUCCUUAGGUGUAAAUGUAUGUAUAUAUAUAUGCAAUAGUACUUGGAGACCUUCCUGAAAAUAAAUUACAUACAAUUCUGUGCCUUUAA